AUGAUUUCAGUGCGGUCCGCUCUUCGCAAGAGCAACGGGGCCAUUCGCCUACUCGAAGCGCAUGAUCGAUCCUCUACAAAAGCCAUUCGGGAUACCAACUGCACAGAUGGAGCGUAUUUUGAAGGAAUCUGGAUCAGUGGUCUGACUCAAACCACCUAUCUCGGAAUUCCCGACACCGAGAUCGUAUCGCCUCUCUACCGCGCAAUCUUGCAGGCGACAACCAUCAAAACCCUAUGGCCAAGCGACCGAACGAUAUGCGCAGCCUUUGAUGCUGAUAGCGGUGGACCCCUCAGCGAUAUCCCGGCAUUGGUGGCAGUUCUUGUCACUGUCGGAGUCUCCAUGGUGGUCAUUGAGGACAAAGAAUUGAAAGCACCAGGCAAAAAGGUCAAUUCUCUCUUGACGGCCAACGGAUCACAGUCUCAAGCAGACCCAGCGGAAUUUUGCAAAACGAUUCAGACAUUCAAGGAAUGCACCCAGUGUUCUGAUUUGAUGGUCACCGCCAGGAUUGAGUCUUUCAACGUACGCAUCACGAAAGAUGAUCCAGUCGAAGAAGCCGCCUCCAUCAAGGCAUCUCUCGAAGACGCACUAUCCCGCGCAGAGAUUUACACCAAGGCAGGUGCCGAUGCCAUCAUGAUUCACAGCAAAAGCGAAAGCCCCACAGAGGUCCUCGAAUUCCUGAAGCGAUUCCGUGAAAGAGAUCAAGUCACGCCCCUCGUGAUAGUUCCCACCACCUACUCAACCACUCCCCGAGAAACCCUUAUCGAUGCCGGUGCAAAUGUGAUCAUUUAUGCGAAUCAUUUGAUGAGGGUCAAAAUAAAGGCAGUCGAAGAAGUUAUGGGGUAUUCUUGUUCUUUCACCCCAGCUCUGUUUGCCGGUGACAAGGAAGCAGCGGCUUGCGCCGAAGCUGGGAACUACGGUUGCCUCAUGCGUAUUCUACUCGAGAAAGACCUCGAAGUCGAAAAAAAAUUUGAAAUGCGUAAUUUCGUUCAGCAAGCACGACAACUGAUCGAAUCCCGUAUGAACAAUGUUGCUGGGGCAUUGGUGAUGGGCACCCAGUCUGGUUGCGAGGCCGAUUUUUACAUGAUCAGCGUUGAGGAACUAUUGAAGAUCAAUUCUAUUCAGGUUUCGAUUGUGUAG